AUGUCAGCACCAUUCGAUUUACUUAUAUUUGGUCAACGAAAAAUCAAUGCUGCAGCUGGUUCAUCACCAUCACAAGAAACAUUAACUAAAGUUCGUCUUCGUAUUAUACAACAAGUAUUUAAUGAGCGAAGACUCGUCUGUCGAAAUCGAGUUGAAGCAAAUCGACGAAAUCUUAUUUUAUCAACAAUAGAAAAUGCACAUAAACGUGAACAAGCUACACAACGAGCUCAAAAAGAAAAUAUAUUAACUGAGUUAAAACAAGAAAAAUACGUUAUCGAUAGUUCUCUUGCACUUUCACCAUCUUAUGAACCGGUUGAUCUUUCUACACCGAAAGAUUUAUAUCGGUUUGGUACACGACUUCAAUCAGCUGGUCCUCAUGUUCGUUCACGUGCACCUGAAAUUCAUUCGGAUUUAACUCGUUCUAAUCGUGAAAAUAAUCAAUCUCGUGCUAAAUCAGCGUCAGUAUUGCCUCGAUCACAUACUGCACCUCUUCAAACUGUUCAUCAUGAAGAUAUUGAAAGUGAUGAUGAAGCAAUAUCAACUUCUGUUUCAUGUAUAACAUCAAAUAAAAGUUCACAUAGUCGUGCAACACCUGCUGUUUCAAGUACAAAUAUUCCUCAACAUUCACCUGAAUUACCUACUAAUAAUCCCGAUACAAUAACACCAAGUGUUCAAUCAACUAUGCAUCGUAUAACAUGGCCAAUUAGAUUAAAAGUUUUUGCUUUACAAAAUGAGGAUGAAGCUCGUCAACAAUUUUUAAAUUGGCUUGCUGAAAAACGUAAAACAAAAAAAGAAUCAAUCAAAAAACAAUUUGAUCUUGAACUUCAACAACAGUAUCAAGAAUCAAUUCGACGACGAAAAGAACUCGAAGCAUUCGUUACACCAGAUAUAAUUGAAGAACAUAUUAUAAAUGAUUCUGUUUUUGCUAAACGUUAUCGUCAAUUACAAUUAGCUGUUCGUACAGGUAAAGUACCAAAUUAUGAUCCAAAAGAUCGUGAUAUAAAUAUAAUAAUGACGAAAUCAAAAAUUGAACGUGUACGAACGGCACUUAUUACAGCUAAACAAUCACGAAUAAAAAAUUUUUAUCGAAAUCAGCAAAUAAUCAAUGAUGCUAUUUUAUCAGAACGUGUUGAAACUUUUCUAAAACGUCUUGCUGAAUUUAAUCAAGAACAAGUACAAGAAAUUUAA